GCCACCGGUCACACGGUAGAAUCGUUUCCAGGGAGACGCCUGGAGGCGGCUCGAGACGAUAGAUUUCAUGGCGGUUCAUAAGCCGAUCCUGGAGCUGAAGGAUGUUCCUCCUCCUCUUCACAGCACUGCCCCACCACAGCCCCUCCCAUUUCCCCACCCAAGUCUCCGCCCUUUGCAAGAUCCGCAGCCAGGCAGCCUCACAGUAAGCGUGUGUUCCCGCUGUGAAGCCACCGUCCAUCAGCAGCAGGACUCCAGCAGUGGCACGGGUGGAGGGUUUCCUCUCUAUCUCUCUCACUCACAAACAGACACUCACGCCGCCCCUCACCCCUCGUCUCUUGCCCCACCGCGGGGCACUGGUACGCCGCUGCAGACGCCCGGGAGCUUCGAGCAGCCCUCUGCGGUGCCCUGCUGCCACGUGCACUGCUGCACUGCGGCUCUGAGACCACUGCACGUCUGUCCUUCCCUGUCUAAAGUCCCGGGCGUCUGUCGCUGUUGCCGAGACCCCAGAGCGCAGCAGCACCCGUUUUCACUCGCUGACCCACCCACACACCACACGUUCCACGCCGGUGCCGAAUGCGCUCCCCUGUGUAUGAAGGGUGCUCAGGGUUUUCACGACUGCUGGAGAAAGAAUUUCAAUGUCGAGUCUGAGAAGGUUUGGCCGAACAUUCCCCUGCCCGUUCCUAUGCCAAUGUGUAACGGAUGUGGGGUGGCAGGAACGUCCGAGGGCCUGCUGGGUGCCCACCUCAACAAACCCACCCAGAAAUAUGGUGCCCCAGAGAGCUGCGGUCAGGACUUGCUGCCCCCGGUUGGAGUUUUCUGGGACAUCGAGAACUGCGCGGUACCCAGCGGACGGUCUGCGGCGACUGUGGUGCAGAGACUCCGGGAGCGUUUCUUUCACGGGCAUCGCGAGGCCGAGUUCAUCUGUGUGUGUGACAUCAACAAAGAGAACAAAGCCGUCAUCCAGGAGCUGAACAACUGCCAGGUGACAGUCGCCCACAUUAAUGCUACGGCCAAAAACGCAGCGGAUGACAAACUGCGGCAGAGUCUGCGGCGGUUUGCCGAGACGCACGCGGCACCCGCCUCCGUCAUCGUUGUCUCUUCUGAUGUGAACUUUGCCAGCGAGCUGAGUGACCUGCGGCAUCGGCAUGGCUUCCAGGUGAUUCUGGUUCACAAGAGUCAGGCCUCGUCCGCUCUGCUGCAGCACGCCCACCUGUGCGUUCUCUUCGAGGAGUUUGUGUCGGACCUUCCGCCCGGCAUGGUGGUGAAAUCUCAGCCCAGUUUCAGCCUUCUGUUUGUGCAUCACCUCCCCACUCAUCGUGACGCCAAAGCCGUCGCCAACCGCCUGCAGCGGCUGUCCAAUAACUGCGGCGGAAAAGUGCUGGGUGUGUCCGGCAGCUGCGCUGUGCUGCGGUUCGCCAGCGCCGACGCUGCCGAGCGCGCCCGCAAGCGCAUGGACAACGAAGACGUCCUAGGCCACCGCAUCACGGUGUCAUUCUCCCCUGGCGGGCCCGGGGAGGAGGAGGUGCGCCAGCCUCCCACCUCGUCCUCCUCUUCAGUCUUCCUACCCGUGGAGAAGCCGCGGUCGCCCCGUCGGCACCGCCGGGCGGCACGGCAGGGGGACCGUGUCCCGGACCGCCUGUGUAGCACCGGGAAAGCAGGCCACGCCUCCUCGUGCAGCCCUGCGAUGAAACCCCUCCCCCAGGCGAUGUGUGGUGUGGUCCGACCUGCGUCUGCCUCGCCUCAGAGUCACGGCCUUCCGUCUGCGCCCGGCAAACCCUCGGACCUGCUUCAGCGCUCCUGGAGGCGAGAUUCUCCCGGCCCAACGUUUCAGGUCAGCACUCCUUCAGCGUUCAGUAAACUCAGUUUGCACUGUAGCUUCAGUCCAGCGCUUCUCUCUCAGAGCUCGUGGUCAUCUCGGAGUGUUUCCCCGUGCCUGUCCAAUCGCUCGUCUCCGCUCAGCGUGCCAUCGUCUAGCAGCUGCGGCGAGGGUCCGUCUGAGCCGUUCUCUGAUGGGGCUGAUGUGCAGGUCACGAACCUGGACUACAGAAUGUCUCGCAAAGACCUGCAGCACAUACUGCGAGAUGCCUUCGCUAAACAUGGCAGAGUGAAGAGCGUGGAUCUCAGUCCACACACGGACUAUCAGCUGAAGGCGUGUGUACACAUGAGCUCGCUGCAGCAGGCCAUCGGCGCCGUCAGUCUGCUUCAUCGCUACAAAAUCGGCAGCAAGAGGAUUCAUGUGUCGCUCGUCACCGGAGCCAAUAACAAACCGCUCACCUGCCUGAGCUCGCAGAUCGCCAGUGUCCUGCAGGACGCACCUGCCAAGUGCCUCCCGCUCUACAAACUCACGGAGACCUUCGAGAGAAAGUUUGGACGUAAGCUGGCGGUGAGUGAUUUAUACCGUCUGCCGGAGCUGUUGUGUGUGCGAGAGCAGGCCGGCGGGCGACUCGUCUGUCUGCUGUCCAGCACUCACGCUCGACAGAGUCCGUUAGGAUCGGCACACUCUCACGACGGAUCCAACAACACCAGUCCGGUUCUGUUUGAGGAGCUGGAGUACCACGAGCCCGUCUGCAAACGACACUGGACUCAACAGGACUUCAGUGAAUCUGACUUUGAUCCAGACGCCCACAUCAUCCCGUUUGUUCAGGUGUCUCUGAAAGUUCUGGCUGCUCAUGUGCACACUUUACUGCAGACUCAUGAGGGGACUAUACCACUGCUCAGUUUCCCAGAAUGCUAUGCAGCAGAGUUCAGUCCUCUGACUGUUGUGGAGGAGGGAAAGGUGGAUGGCAGUGUCCCAUUGGAGCAUCUCAUCACCUGCAUCCCUGGAGUCACCAUAGUAACGGCUCAGAACGGCUUUAAAAUCAUCAAAUGGAUUCAUAACAAACCCCCCCCACCCAAUGCAGAUCCGUGGCUACAGCAGCGCAGUAAGAGUCCGGUUGGGAAUCCUCAGCUGAUUCAGUUCAGUAGAGAGAUGGUGGAUCUGAUGAAGAAUCAGCCGGCCUGUUUGAUGCCCAUCACAAAGUUCAUUCCAGUGUAUCAUCAUCAUUUCGCCAAGCAGUGUCGAGUGUCCGACUACGGUUACACAAAACUUCUGGAGCUGCUGGAGGCCAUUCCUCACGUGCUGCAGAUCCUGGGUUUGGGCUCCAAACGCUUGUUGACGUUGACUCAUCGCGCUCAGGUCAAACACUUCACUCAGGAUCUGCUGAAGUUGUUGAAGUUUCAGGCCAGUAAGCAGGUGCUGAUCAGCGACUUCUCUCAGGCCUAUCAUUGGUGUUUCUCCAGGAACUGGCAGGUGGUGGAUUACGGCAUGUGCGAUCUGAUGGACCUGUUGGCCGAGAUCCCAGACACCACCAUCACCAUCUCUCUGCAGGAGUCCGACACGCUCAUCUCUGUACCCAAGAGAGAGCGCACGGCGGAAGAAGCGGAACGUACGCGGCAGUUCGGGAAGGAGGUGGUAGAUCUGCUGAGACAUCAGCCUCACUUCCGCAUGGCCUUCAGCAAAUUCAUCCCCACCUAUCACCACCACUUCGGACGUCAGUGCAAGCUGUCCUACUACGGCUUCACCAAACUCAUGGAGCUCUUCGAGGCCAUUCCAGAUGUUCUUACGGUGUUGGAGUGCGGGGAGGAGAGGCUGUUGACUCUGACGGAGAUGGAGCGCGUCAAAGCGUUAGCCGCUCAGCUGGUGAAGUUACUUCGAGCUCAGAGAGACUCGGCACUGCCUGUCAGUCAGCUGCUGAGUGAAUACAGUAAGACGUUUGGAUACGCUCUCCGCCUGCAGGACUAUGAUGCCAGCACUCUGCCUGAACUGCUCAACAAACUCUGCCAUGUGGUGAAGCUAGCAGAUGAUCACGAUGGGAAAGAGGUUCAGCUGAUUAACAGGAAGUCACUGCGUGCCUUGACGUCGCAGCUGCUGGCACUGAUGAUGUCACUUCCUGAGGAACGUGAUUAUCUUGGGGUAGAGGAGCUGAGGAAGAGGUACGAGCUCAUUUACGAUGCUCCGCUAAACCCCUCCGAGUACGGCUUCAUCUCGCUUGGCGAGCUGCUGAAGAGUCUUCCUUACCUUCUGCAGCUGUCUGAGGAUGAGGACGGUGACGGCGAAGAGCAUGUGAGGUUGACCAGACUUUAUCAAUUUGCCCGUAGCGUUCGUGCGCUGCUGCACACGUACCAUUAUAAUCAGAUCUUCCUGUCUGAGUUCUGGGGGGCGUUCUGUAAAUACACCGGCAGAGAGUUCAAUCCUCAGACUUGCGGCUAUAAGACUCUAGACGAACUGCUGGCUGCCAUACCACAAGUGAUCUGGAUCAAAGGUCACGGGCAUAAAAAGAUCAUCGUUCUGAAGAACGACAUGAAAGCUCGUGGUAGUCCUGUGCUUACUGAAGAGAAGAAUCCCUGUCCUGAGGAGAAGAACCGAGCUGUGGACAGUCCGACCAGCAGUGAAAUGGAGCUACUGUGUUUGGGUCCCGGUUCUCCCGUGGAUCUGUUGUGCGGUCCUGUUCCGUCAUGUCUCCCGUCUCCUCAGCUGCGCCCCGACCCGGUGCAGGUGCAGCCUGCGGAUCUGAUCCACUUUGAGACCCAUUCACACAGUCAGUCUGAACAAGAGCCGGUUUACGAUCAUCAGCCGCGGUCGGUCAGAGAUCAUCACACACCUUCACACGCAGACAGUGGUCACACUGCCUGCGAACCGCCGGAGUCCCAGACAUGUUUCACAGACAGUCCCGGUCGCAGAGCGGCACGCAACAGAGUUAAACUAGCGGCUAAUUUCUCCUUCACAGCCGCCCGGCCAGUCUAAAGCUUCUGCACGCCUCCACAUACAUGUCCCUCGAGCAGUACUCGUGUGUUUAAGGGGUUAAAAGAGUUUUCAUGAGUAAAUGUUCUUUUGUCAGACUUUGAGUUAGCUGGAAUGAUGUUGCUCUGGAAACUCAUCGCUGCUCCUCCUGAUGUUUCUCAAAUGAGCUGAUUGAGGUUUCUUCAUCAAACUGGAGCUUCUCUGUUUUAUGGAGACAUUAUUUGGUUGCGUGCAGCACAUAGACUUUAUGUUGAUGAAGGUGGGCUUCAGGUCUGAUGUUUGUAGGCGUCUAUAGAUGAUCGGGUCUCGCACGUUCUUGUUUUUUUUUUUUUUUAACUCUGAACAGGAGGCUUUUUUAAUCUGAUCGUACGUGAUAGUUCCUCUGUUCACUGGAAGCGGUCUGAAAUCCAUUAAGUUCUGAAUCGUGUUUAUUGAAUCUCAAACAGGAAUGUUUCAUUUAAAAUGUCUCGUCUGGAUAUUAGAGGAUGUCCACACUUAAAGUCUGAAAGGUUGAGUUAUGUUGUGCAGGAUAACGUCCACACACAGUUAAAACCUUUUGAGAAGUCCAGCGGUCAGAAGAGUGACCUCGGCAGCAAGUUUUCCAGAUGUUUCUCAGUGCCAGAAGUUGCGUUAAAAGUUCUAUGCAGGUUGUGCAUAAACCCAUGUUUGACAAGCGUGCGUUUUUCUUUUUUGUGUUAUCUGGAAGUAUGGUAUGAAUUCAGCCUAGCUGCUCCUCUUCCAAGGUUUUUCUCUCUAACCUUGAGUUUCUCUUUUUUUUUUUUUGCUCGUUGUUCUUGAUGUCUACAAACUGCCGAUCAUGUUAGACCUGUGGUGACACUCUGAGGUUCUGUUUACCUGAGCCGAGCUUUUACAAUAGCUUGUAUUAGUCUUGGCGGCGCGACUGAGAGACGUCAGCGUUAAAUGUGCGUUUGGACCCGACGAACUGCAUGCGUCAUGAGCAAACGCUUGGAAAAACAAAUGUCUAAACGCAAAAGAGUUUGUCACAUCAUUCUGAGCAUGUGCUGUUGAAGAUGUUUGUUUCAUCCAGGUUGAGGGUUUUUUAUUGGCUCCAGAUGAUAACCUUUCAGUUUAAAUGUUUUUGUAUGGUACCAGUUAACUCGGGUGAAGGAAGUUUGUCUUUAGACGAUGAAGUGUUGUUUUUCUAUGCAUGUUUGCAUAACUCUUACCUCUCGUGGUGUUGGACGGAUGUUAGAUUUGUUAUACGGAACAUUUAUCAGGUGUUGAAACCACGGCAGAAAUGUGAUGUGUGUCACUAGAUCUGUGUGUCUAGCCAUUUUUGUGCUUGUGUGUUUUGUUUCUCCAUUUAUCAACACAGUUUUACAGUCUUCGUGUCUGUAAUUCUCUCAAGCCGCUCAUACAUGACCCCAAUGAGUUCAGAUGAAUCCUGAUUUACACUUUGGUUGAAUUUCCGUUUAUGUGAAAAUGAAAUGAAGUCAAGUGAUCAAGACACUGGAGGUCUUGGUUUAUGGUUUUAGGCUCCACUAGAUAAUCCUUUUAGGACUUUUAUUUUUGUGGAAUGACCAAAUGAUUUCUGUUAUAUGUAAUAAAUAUCACGAGCAUCAUCUGGUGUCCUGCUUUAUAUGGUCUUUGGUCUUUCAUACGGGUGGAUCCUUUAUCAGACACACCUGACUGAUGAAUUAAAUCAUUAUAUGUGUAACGAUUACUAUAGAGACGGAGCGCAUUUAGGCCACGCCCACACCGGGACAAUCCAUUGACUUUCUGUUGCGGGAAGCUGCCUCCUUGUCAUUUCUGACUUAUAACAAAAACAGAACGACAUUUAACAACUGCCGUGUGACAAGGUGAACAAUAAACAAGAUAAUGACGCGUUGCGCUGUCUCGUUUUGAUAAUUGGUCUAUGUUGAUGCAGGAAGUUGAAUGCAACAGACCAUAAUCCGUGUAUCAUUCGUUCAGUCGUUUUGUGAUUUAAAAUUGAAAGUUGAAAAAUUAGAAAACGGCUCCUUUUUUUUCCAAAAACAAGAAUUCAGCUCGAUCGUUUUUCGUUCAGGAAUAGAAAAAUGAAUAAACAGCUUGAAUAUUCUUUCUCUAAAUGUGGGCGGGAAUGAAACUCCCCAUUCUGCUGAUUGGUCAGCUGAAGAUCAGCGGGCCGUUGUGCGUUUUUUU